AAACAUGUUUGGUCUCUGCUUCCCUCUUUCUUGUUUCCCGGCCCCCUUUCUUCCCCUAACCUCGCCCUUCAUGCCGCACUUAUUCCACAAAGCAAUUGUUAUGAACCAUCAUCACCCUCCUUGCUUGCCCCAGCUCAGGCCCGACAUCCUAUCAAGUCAUUAAAUUCGCCCCUCUGGUUCCAUCUCAGGCCUUCAGCAUCCAGAGUUCUCGUCUCAACCUUUUUACUCUGUGACACCUUCGCCUUUGUCAGCCUCCCUCCUCCCCACCCUUAACUUUCCGGUACGGCAUCACUUCUCCAUCGCGGCCCUCCAUCUCUCCAACGACAACAACCAUGGCAUUCUCCCGUUCGGCAAGGAUAAUCACCUUGCUGGUGAUAGAUUCCCUCUUUUUCCUCCUGGAGAUCAUCGUUGGAUACUCUGUCCAUUCCCUUGCCCUUGUCGCCGAUUCCUUUCAUAUGGUUUGAAAUACCCCCUCCUCUUCCGUGUUGGAACAGGGAAGCUCAUAAAGGGGUCGUUAGCUGAACGACGUUUUUUCGCUACUGGUGGCGUUAUGGGCGAUUAAACUAGCCAAGCAAAAAUCCACAUCAAGCUAUACAUACGGGGUACGUUCUCACUCCUCCACCGGCCAUGGCUGUGAUUGACCAAAGUGAACCCUAGUGGCAACGAGCCGAAGUCCUUGGGGCCUUGAUCAACGGUGUAUUCCUACUUGCCUUGUGUCUCUCGAUUUUCCUCGAAGCGAUCCAGCGUUUUAUCGAGCCGCAGGAAGUAUCCGCCCCAUGGUUGGUAUUUGGCGUCGGGAGUGCUGGCCUCGCUUCGAAUAUCCUCGGUUUAUUCUUGUUUCACGAUCACGGCCAUUCUCACGGCGCCAAUCCGCAUGAACGCGAUCUUGAGGGUAGCCUAAUGGGGGCGAAAAGCGCAGCGGCAGGUCACGAGCAUCACAAACACACACACGGUCUAAGGGGCCAUAUUCACGACCCAGCAGAAGAUGAUAGUGGUGAUAUCGACGAUAUCCUCCCGGACACAGUUGUCGCAAGGUUAUCCCAGCCGAUCCCGUGCUCAUCUAUCCCGCGAAAGAAGGGGAGAAGAUCGACCGAUAGAUCUCGUCAACGCCACUUUGCAUCCCCCGUAACCGACAUUCACGUUCACCCCGCCCGCAAUCGCCAGGAGGUCAUUGCCGCAGCGGUUAGUGACACGGAACACUCCUCAUCGGCAGUAAUUUCAUCGGCCGACUCUGACUCCGAUGUCCCCACUUCACAAACCCCCCUUCUCCCGGCUGCCGGCAAAGGCCACAAACGAGCAUACUCUCGAUCCUGCCACCGAAAUCACAACCAUGCCAAACCCAAGGAAACCAAAUCCUCGCAUUCACAUCAAAACCUGAACAUGCGCGGAGUCUUCCUCCACGUCCUCGGCGACGCACUCGGAAACGUUGGCGUAAUGUCAGUAGCCGGUGCUCUCCUCCUCCUCCCAGAAAAAAUCUGGUGGCGCCACCUCCUUGAUCCCUCCAUCUCCCUGCUUAUUACAAUAAUAAUUUUCUCCUCUGCCCUCCCACUCUGCAAGUCGGCCUCCAAAAUUUUACUACAAGGCGUACCAAAGGGGAUCUCGCUGGAGGAAGUCAAAGAAGAUAUUGCCUCGAUCCUAGGCGUCGAAUCCGUCCACGAACUGCACAUCUGGCAACUCAGCGACGUGAAAAUGAUUGCAAGCUUACACAUCCAGAUCGCCUUCGAUCCAGAAUGCGAAGGCGGUGGGCGAUAUAUGCAACUUGCAAAUGCCGUCCGGACUUGUCUACACGCAUAUGGGAUCCACUCUAGCACUAUCCAGCCAGAAUACACCAAAGAAGAGGAGGCGACCGCGAGUCGAACAGGUAGCGCAAGAGGUAGCGCGGAAGAAGAGGCGGCUUGCCUUUUGGAAUGCGGAGACGGGUGCGUUGACGGGAAGUGCUGCGCCCCUGGCGGCGGUGCUCCAGGAGAUGAUGUCGUUGGGUAAACUCCAAUUUCGAAGAAGAAAAAAAUGAAUAAUCGAGUGGCAGAGCGCGUACUGUAUAACUAUGACAUCCCGGGUGGCGAACGGCGGUGCUGCAAGGUUUCCUUUUCCUUUCUCCGGGAUAACCCCGAUUUGGCAAGACGGUUUCUUGUGCCUAUGUUUUCUAGCUCGUCCCCUUCACCUCAUUCCCACGCAGCUGAUUGUUGUUUCGUUCGUAGAAGGGGUUUUCAAUAGUCCGGUGUUAAUAGAUUUGAGUGACGAUUGUCUUUUUUCUUGCUU